CCCACUUGAGAGCCAGACGCAGGAGAACUGAGCACGAGGACUGGAGAGCAGGUGGAGCGCGAGCCGGAGAGGACGUGGAGUGGAGGACUUUUUCUACUGCGUGAUCAACUAAUAACAAUAACGGCAGUAAUAAUAAUAAUAAUAAUAAUAAUACUAACAACAGCAGUGAGCAGCUGAAAGAGCAGAAGUGUGAAGAAGUUGACGAGCUUGGAUUCUCUGUGCUGUUUGGAACAAGUGGCAGAAAAGACGACUGUUUCCACAAGAGGUAUCGACCUCUCAACAUGCAGCACUACGGGGUGAACGGUUACUCUCUCCACGCCAUGAACUCCCUCAGCGCCAUGUACAACCUGCACCAGCAGGCUGCGCAACAGGCACAGCACGCGCCCGACUACCGGCCGUCCGUGCACGCGCUCACGUUGGCCGAGAGACUGGCUGACAUCAUCCUGGAGGCUCGCUACGGCUCUCAGCACCGCAAACAGCGCCGCAGCCGCACGGCCUUCACGGCGCAGCAGCUGGAGGCGCUGGAGAAGACUUUCCAGAAGACGCACUACCCGGAUGUGGUAAUGAGGGAGCGGCUGGCCAUGUGCACCAACCUGCCCGAGGCCCGAGUGCAGGUCUGGUUUAAGAACCGCAGAGCCAAGUUCCGCAAGAAGCAACGCAGCCUCCAGAAGGAGCAGCUUCAAAAGCAGAAGGAGGCGUCAGGAGAGGGAGGGAGCGAGAAGGAUGAUGCACCUCCCUCCACCACCAUCCUUCCCGACACCCAGCUGCCUCCUUCAUCCUCGUCCUCGUCCUCAUCCUCAUCCCCUCUGGAGACAGACCCUCCUGUGGUCUGUCCCAUACCGCUGGACAUGGAGCUGAAUGUCACGUCGGCAGAACAUUCAGGCAGCGAGUCAGCCACAGAAGACAAUGCCACAGAUAAAGAGGACGAGAGUAAAUGUCAACGGGAGGAGAUAAAGUGUGAGAGAGCAGUGACACCCGGGGACAUGUCCCCCUGCAAAAGACUCAGCCCAAAACAAGAUUCUCCGCUGGUCUCUCGCUCCGUGACCCCUUCGUCCUCCAGCAGCGGCCUGACCAGCAGUGGUCCUCUGUCUCAGAGCCACUCUUACUCUUCCUCCCCCCUGAGCCUGUUUCGUCUUCAGGAGCAGUUCCGUCAACACAUGGCUGCCACCAACAACCUGGUGCACUACCCUGCUUUUGACCUCGCUGCCCCAUCCUCACUCCCCUACCUAGGAAUGAAUGUUAACAUGCCGCCUGCGCCGCUGGGCUCUCUGCCCUGUCAGUCCUACUACCAGUCCCUGUCCCAUCAUGCUCAGCAGGUAUGGAACAGCCCACUGCUGCAGGCGUCGGCGGCGGGCAGCCUCACCAGCCACAACAGCAAAACCACCAGCAUUGAAAACCUGCGUCUGAGGGCCAAGCAGCACGCAGCCUCGCUGGGACUGGACACAAUGUCUAACUGAGAAUCACAAUGUAUGGAGGACAAUGCAAGCAUGCCCACAGUGUUGGCCUGUACGUCAUCCCAUCCUCUGUGUGUCUUAGUGACUGUAGGCAUUCAGGAGCUGUACACGGACGCCCUACUUGAGGAAAUUGGCACAAGACAUGCAGAGAUGCCCCACAAAAAAAAAAAUGCACUGGACCGACCAGAUGAACAGCUUUUAAAUACCACAACUUAUUUGAUUCCUACAUAUUUCAGUUCAAGGUCCAAAUGUAGCAUACAUCCUUUGGAAAAGAAAACCUAUAAGAAACUCAACAUUGCUACAAAAAAGAUAAAGCAGAUCAAGUGAAUGUCCCCCAAAAAAGGACAAAAUGCUAUUAUCAACGUCAAAGUUGGACCUUAUCAUCUGCAAUAAAAAUAAUAAUAAAAAAAGAAA